GCCCGGCCCGGCCCGGCCCCUGCUUGUGUCCCUGCUCGGGGCGGGGGCGGCGGGGCAGGAGCGGGGCGCUGGGUCCGCACCCCUGGAAACCUGCCUCGAGUGCUCGUGUCCGCGCUGCGCGGGUGCCUUUCCCGCGGGUGACCGGGGCUCGUGUCAGUCCGGCUGCCACCGCAGCGCCGCGUGGCCUUGGUCCUGUUCCCCGCCCCCACCCCGCGCCGCCGGGGGGCCUAAACUCCCAGUUGUUCUAAGCAAUGCCAUCCUGACUGGGAGGGGGUACAGGCCCUGCCAGUCUACCCGGCAACCAGUGAGGCAUUUCAAACUGGUUGGCUGGCAGCCAGCAGCUGCUGGCCUCCAUUGGCCCAGGUAAAUGAGGUUGUGAGGUCUAUACAAGUUAAGGACUGCCCAGGAGGCAGGGCAGCAGCCAUGAUGAGAACUCACAGAUAGUAGCUGGACCAGCUGAAACUCGCGCUCUCUUGAAACUCAUGGUCAAGGAGCUGCCUGCCUCCGGACCCAAUCUCCACCUGCCUCUGGAUGAUACUCUCCAUGGAGACUAGAUACUGCCGAGAGUGAGGCCUCUCCUGGCAGAGGAAACAGAGGCGGCGCUGGAGCCCCUGCCACCCGCGGACCUUCCCUGCGCAGCCCUGGAGCAGCCGGGGGUGACGAUGGAGGAGCAGCUCCCAGGAGGUCCCCAGACAGGAGCGGACUGGGCAGGACAAAUCCCUUGUGUGGCCCACGCUGGGAUCAGGUGCCUAUCCCUGAGAUGGUCGGCCCCACAGGAAGUUGAGCAGGGGCUCAAGGAGGAGCCGGUUCAGCACCAGGAGAUGCGGGGGCAGGAGGUCACGGUGAGCGUGAAGGUCAAGGAGGUGGCCUCAGACAGGAUGCAUCCCUGUGGGGCGCUGCAGCAGCCUGGUGAUCCCUGGUUGGAGCAGGCCUGGGCCCAAACUACGGAUGUGCCUCUGGAGGAGGCAGCACAGUGGGACAGCCCAGGGCCUUGGGACCAGCUACCUUGUGGCCCCAGAGAGGAGCUGAUGCCAGGCCCAGAGUCAGGUGCAGGAACCGUGAGCAGAGCUCAUCAGCAGCCUCCUCAAGAAGGGGAUGCAAACCUGGAGCUGCCAAGGACUACCUCGGGGAGGCUGGGGGAGAGGGGCUCCCUGACCCUUGAAGCGAGCCAACUGCAGCAGGGGCAGGGGAGGCUGGCAAAGCAGGCAGAGAGCACAGAGCUCCUGGAGGCCUUUGAGGACGUGGCUGUGUAUUUCACACGGGAGGAGUGGGAGCUGCUGGAAGACGCACAGAAGGGGCUGUACCGGGACCAGAUGCUGAGGAACUGGCGAGCCCUCGUUUCCCUGGGGCAUCGAGGUCCCAGACCUGACUUAAUCCGCCGCAUUGUGCUAGGACAGGAGGAGCUCUGGGUCUGUGAUGAUGAGGACUGUGUGGACAUCUCAAAGUCGGAGGACCUGCUGCCAGAUUCUGGUGACGUGCAGGCCACCUGGGCCCCAUCAGCAGAGGAAAGCCACAUAGACCUGGUCCAAUCUCCACACCUUUCCCUGGAAGCAGGAAGAAGGCACAGCCCUGUUCCUUUCAGGAAAGAGACCCCCAGCUCUAAGUCCUCCUCUCCCAGAGCAGGUUUUGGAGGCAAGAGGGGAGGCACCUGGCUGCUGUGCAGAGCUGAGAAGCACAGUCUGGAAGAAGGGCCUGCAAACCUGGAGCCACCCUGGACUUCCCCCAGGGGUUUGGGUGAGAUGGAGUCCCUGAGACCUGAGGAAGACCAGUGGCUCCAGAGCCAGGGGAGACCCCAAAAGCUGAGGGAGAACAUAGCAGUGAAACAGGUGCCAUCUUCCCCUGGGCAUGAGAGUAGAGAAAGUAGAGAGUCCAGAGAGAGCCCUGGGCCCAGGGAAGGAUUUGUGGAGCUGAAUAGCCAUAAGGUAAAGUUCCACCAGAAAGAAACCCUGUGUCCAAACCAAACCAGUGGGGAGGGACUGAGAGGGAAACAGGACGGUCCCACCGGGGCAGGGGUGCACUUUGCUCCUGGGCUUGAGUGCCAGAAAAUCUUUUCCUGCCCCUCAAACCAGGCUCUGCCAGCUGGGUGCCGUGAGUGUGGGAAGAACUUCACCUGCUCCUCCAGCCUGGCUGAGCACCAGGGCAUCUAUACCGGGGAGAAGCCAUACCAGUGCUCUGAAUGUGGGAAGAGCUUCAGUCGUUCCUCCUAUCUGAUGCGACAUCAGCGCAUCCAUACCAAGGAGAAGCCAUAUCAGUGCCUUGAAUGUGGGAAGAGAUUCAAGGAUUCGUCCUACCUGGCCCAGCACCAACGUAUCCACACAGGAGAGAAACCACAUCGGUGCUCUGUGUGCGGGAAGAGCUUCACCAUUUCAUCCUACCUGGCCAAGCACCAACACAUCCACACUGGGGAGAAGCCAUAUCACUGCUCUGUGUGUGGUAAGAGCUUCACCUAUCCCUCCAGUCUAGCACAACACCAAUAUAUCCACACAGGAGAGAAGCUACAUCAGUGCUCUGUGUGUGGGAAGAGCUUCAACCGUUCAUCCAACCUGGCCCAGCACCAACAUGUCCACACAAGGGAGAAGCCACAUUGGUGCUCUGUGUGUGGGAAGAGCUUUACCCAUCCCUCCAGUCUGGCCCAUCACCAACGUAUCCACACAGGAGAGAAGCUACAUCAGUGCUCUGUGUGUGGGAAGAGCUUCACUCGUUCAUCCAACCUGGCCAUCCACCAGCGUAUCCACACAGGGGAGAAGCCACAUUGGUGCUCUGUGUGUGGGAAGAGCUUCACCUGUUCCUCCAAUCUGUCAGAACACCAGCGCAUCCACACGGGGGAGAGGCCACAUCAGUGCUUCGUGUGUGGGAAGAGCUUCACCCAUUCCUCCAGUCUGGCAAAACACCAACAUAUCCACACCGGGGAGAAGCCACAUCAGUGCUCUGUGUGUGGGAAGAGCUUCACCCAUACCUCCAGUCUGGCACAACACCAGCGUAUCCACACUGGGGAGAAGCCACAUCAGUGCUCUGUGUGCGGGAAGAGCUUCACCCAUUCCUCCAGUCUGGCAAAACAUGAACAUAUCCACACAGGGGACAAGCUACAUCAGUGCUCUGUGUGUGGGAAGAGCUUCAACCGGACCUCCACUCUGGCACAACACCAGCGUAUCCACACAGGGGAGAGGCCACAUCAGUGCUCUGUGUGUGGGAAGAGCUUCACCCAUCCGUCCAGUCUGGCAAAACACGAACAUAUCCACACAGGGUUGAAGCCACAUCAGUGCUCUGUGUGUGGGAAGAGCUUCAUCCAUCCCUCCACUCUGGCACAACACCAGCACAUCCACACUGGGGAGAAGCCACAUCAGUGCUCUGUGUGUGGGAAGAGCUUCAACCGGACCUCCCACCUAGCCCGGCACCAGCACAUCCACACUGGGGAAAAGCCAUAUCAGUGCUCUGAGUGUGGGAAGAGCUUCACCAGUUCGUCCAAACUUACUUGUCACCAACGCAUCCACACAGGGGAGAAGCCACAUCAGCGCUCUGUGUGUGGGAAGAGCUUCACCCAGUCCUCACAUUUGGCCCAGCACCAGCGUAUCCCCAUGGGAGUAGCCACAUCAGUGUUCUGUGUUUGGGAACAGCUUCAUCAAUUUGUCCUGUUGCACAAAUUACCAAUUAGCUCAAUUGACAAGUGAGACCUAAUGAGGGGGAUAAGGCAAGAUGCCGUGUCUAUUAAAACUACAAAAACAUUAUAGACAUCACAUACACACACUCACACUCACCCUGGAGAUGUUAUGCUUACCAAAGUCCGUUGCUCACUGCUACACUUAGGUGGCCAGCCUAGUGAGUGUGAGAGAUUAGAAACGGGGCAUACAGACACGCCUGUGUUCCAGUGAAGUUUUGCAGAGUGUCUCCCACUUCUUGCUGCUAAGUCUCUCUCCUUUAUAGGGGUUAUCAAGUUGGUGUUGGGUGACUGGUCCGCCUUUCCUGACUCUGUAGCUUCUUUGUCUAAAAUCUUUUCAGUACUUUUCCGUUCUGACAAGUGGUUAGGCUCAUGCAUCAUCGUCCGUAGGUGUUGCUUGUCAAUAACUGUUUUACAACAUUCUUCCAUUGUCGCUGGUGUGGGCUGUGUCCAGCGUCUUUAGCUGUGAGAUGUUGCAGACCUUGUCUGCAGUCUUAUCUUUUUUGUUUAUCUUUAUUCUUCACCUGGUUCAGACUGGAUUCUGAAUUUAUCUCUUCAGCCUCUUCUUAGCAUAGCUCACCAUUUGGUAACUUGUUUGUUAACACAUAGCUUAAUUCUGCUCUUACCAAUCACUUUACUCUCAUUCAUCCAUACAUCCAAGUAUCAUAAAAAAAAUACAAAAAGAAAGAAUACUUGUUUUGCUAUAUAAAAAUACAAUAACAAGAUACAAAAGUACCAUAAGCUUUUAAUUCAUAAUAGCAAAUUUUAAAUUGCUAACUUAAAAUUGUUACAGCCCUGGCACUAGUGUAUCUACAAAUUGGAGAAGAAGUGCUGAGCAUGGAAAGAGCUUCUCCCAGUCCUUCAGCCUGGCCACACACCAGUGUAUGGAUACAGGGGAGAAGCCACAACUGUGCUUUGUGUGUGGGAAGAGCUUCACUGUGUCCUAUACCCUGACCACCCACAAGCAUAUUCACACAGGUCAGAAGUCAUACCAGAGCUCUGAGUGUUGAAAGAGCUUCACCCAUCCUUCAGCCUGGCCACACACCAGCGUAUGCAUAAAGGAGAGGUACCACAUUGUUCCCUGAGUGUCAGAAGACCUUCAGUAUUUCGUCCCACCUGGCCUAGCACCAGCGCAUCCACAGAGGGGAGAAGCCACGUCAUUUCCCUGUGUGUUCAAAGCAUUUCACCAAUUCCUCCUAUCUGGACAUGCACCAAUGCUCUGUCUGUAUCCCUGGACUGGGCCAUUCCAGCCCCUCCCCCACAAUCUGUUUUUAAACACUGGCUGUUUGGAGCAACCUGGUCACCUAGGCAACCAGGCUGUAAAAAAAUCCUGCAGGGAGGGAAGUUUUCUCUCUCUCUUCCUGUGGCAAUUAUUUUGGGACCCAGACAAGAAUUGGACCUCCUCAGAGAGCCUCUUUGGAUGAUUCUACCAUGAGUAGAGUUUGAAUUUAGCCAGUAGAAUAGGACUACGUAAUUUAUCCACAUUUUAAAAAGCAGCCCCGUGCCCAUAUUUGAAAGGCUUAAUUUAUUGUUUUGCUCAGGGCAUUUUCUUUUGAAAUUCCUUUGUUCCAUAUCCCUCCUCCAUUCUCUCCCUCUCCGAUCAAUAAAGCUAUCUGUUAUGGUG